AUGUCAAUGCGUGGAAAAAGUUGGGUUUGGCAGUAUGCUAAACGUAUUGAAAAUAAAGCGUACUGCAAUUUAUGCGAUGAAGAUGAUAACAACGAGUUUUCUUGUCCCGGAGGUACCACUGGCUCAUUGGGAAGACAUUUAACUACUAUUCACGGCUUAAUGGUUAAUGCUGUGAUUAAUAAAGAACAACCAAGGACACACGAUGAACAGCAACCGGAAAACGACAGUGACGAAGUUAUGGAUAUUGAUGAGACAAAUAAAGAAAUAAACCUUGAAAAAAAUGGAAGAUCAAGAAUGAGAAAGAGACGAACAAAUAUACAUUAUCAAAACACAAACAAUGGCAAUAAUGCACGUUCUUGUUCGAAAGACAGGUGUGAAUUAAUUAACAAAGCAUUAGCUAAAAUGAUAGCUGUAAAUCAGUUGCCAUUGUCAUUUUGCUCAAGUAAUGGUUUUCAUGAUUUCAUGUCUGUAGUAGAACUAAACUACAAGCCAUGCAAAGAAGAAGCAAUUAAAACUAGAUUAAAAAUAUUAUCUUCAAAUAUUGAAGAACUUAUUAAAAACUACUUGCAAGAUGCUUCUAGUAUAUGUUGCACAACCGACUGUUGGACCUCGAUUUCACAGGAAUCGUAUAUUACAGUGACCGCUCACGUAAUUGAUUCUAAGUGGUGUGCUAAAUCAUAUAUAUUGACUACACACGAAAUGGAUAAGCGUCAUACUGCAGAAAAUUUAUCAGAACAACUUAUAAAUACUUUUGGCAAAUGGAAUAUUACUAACAAAAUAUUAGCAAUAGUAACUGAUAAUGCGAAAAAUAUAACUAAUGCCAUUCCUUUGAUAAGUCCCGAAAUUUAUAGUGUUAAAUGUGCAGCACAUACUCUACAACUUGCCGUUAAUUGUGUCUUAAAAAAUGAAAAUAUAGUUAAUAUAAUAAAACAAUGCAAUAAAAUUGUAGGGCACUUUAAAUAUUCAACAUUAGCUAAAACAUCACUUGAAGAAAAACAAGAAUUACUUGGCUUAACAAAAACAACUUUACUUCAGAGUUGUAAGACAAGGUGGAAUUCUAUAUACCUUAUGAUGGAACGUCUCGUUUUGAAUAGAUGUGCAAUAUUCAAUGUUUUAGCAGAUCGAACUAUAACAUCUCAAUCUAUGGCUCAAAAACUCGAAAUUAAAGAAUAUAAAUGGUUAUUUAUCGAGUCACUUAUACAAUUUCUUAAACCGAUAUAUGUCACUACAAACAUUUUUUGUACGGAAAAUAAUUCGUCAAUAUCAAUGAUUAGACCAUUAUUAAAACAAAUUAUUGAAAAACAUUUAAUGCAAUGUCGUGAAAAUGAAUAUACCAUUGUACAAACAUUGAAACAAACAUUAGCUUCAGAAAUUAAACGCCGCUUUUCGCUUGAAUGGGAUUCAACUGAAUCUGUAUUAUUAGAACAAAUUGCUUCAUUCUUGGAUCCUAGAUUUAAAGACUUAGACCACGAAGUAUUAUCUAAUCAUGAGGCAAUCCGCUCUAAAAUAAAACAAAUAAUCAACCAAAAUAAUUAUCUCGAGCCCAAUGAAAUAACUACAGCUUCUCAAGAACAACAAAAUAAACAUAUAAGUUAUCUUGAAUAUAUAUUUGGAAUAAACAAUGAAGAAAAUGAUCUAACAAAAGAAUUUCAAAACUAUUUAGCAGAACCGCAGUUGAGAUUUACAUUAGAUCCCUUAGAGUGGUGGAAAACACGAUAUUCAAAAUAUCCGACAAUAGGUAAACUUGCUAAAAAGUAUAUGGCAAUUACUGCAACAUCAGUGAGUGCUGAACGUUGUUUUUCAACUGCUGGUAAUAUAGUCACCCGAAAAAGAGCUUCCUUAUCACCAGAAAAUGUAAAUUUACUUGUAUUUUUGCAUCAGAAUAAACAGCUGAUGAUUUAA